AUGAAGGAAGAAGGUAACGGAAGUGGAAGCAUGAGUUUCUCUGGACAAAGCUGGGAUCCAAGUUCAGAGAUACAAGUUCCUUCAGACCAAAGACCGGGAUGUUGUAUUCAUGGGGAGACUUGGGUCCAACUCAGUUCUUUCACUGUUCUUGGUGUUCCCAUCGCAGCUGCUAGCUUUAAUCCCUCCAGGGCUCGGGACAGGUUGUUAGGUUCUGACAAGGUGAAGUCAGUAAUCAAGAUGCUGAAACAAACAUUAGUUGGAAUAAGAGCUUUACUUGUUUCCGCAUUCUGA